AGUAAAAUGCCAAAACAGAAUUUAUCAAACAGAGAAAAAUUGGAAGAUCCUGAAGAUCCAAUGAUGCAUUUUCUUUUCUUUUUUUUCUUUUAACUGAACGAGUAAACACAAUAAACAAAACCAAAGGCCUUCCUUUCUCUCUUUUUCUUUCUUCUCUUGACUUUCACAAUGCAAUGAGCAGCAAAAGAAGUUGUUGUUUCUCUUCAUUUUUCUCAGCCGACAACACCACAAAACAGUGAUAAGGAGCCAGAAGGAAGGGGAGAAGGAGAAGUAAUAAGGCUUUGAAAAAUGGGAGGCACAAAUCCUUUCAAAGACAAAUUGGUUUCUUUCACAAAGAGAAUUGUUCCUUCCACUCUCUAUGCUCUGCUUCCCAUUGUUCUGCUUUGUACAUACUUCGACCUUCUCUCCCUCACUCCACAUUCCACCACCACCACCUACCACCUUUCUCUUUCUCCUCCUCCACCUCCUCCACCUUCAUCAUCUUCUUCUUUUUCUACAGAAAAGAACAAAACUUACCAAAACCCAUGUGACUACUCUAAUGGUGAUUGGGUACGUGACACAAGAGGCCCUUUAUACAAUGUAACUAGUUGUGGUACAAUCAAAGAGAGUGAGAAAUGCGUAUCCAAUGGAAGGCCUGACUCAGGCUAUCUAUAUUGGAGAUGGCAACCCAGUGAGUGCAAUCUUCCAAGGUUUGAACCUCUCACUUUUCUCCAACUUGUUCAGAACAAACACAUAGCAUUUGUUGGUGACUCUUUGGCUAGGAACCAAUUAGAGUCCCUUCUUUGCAUGUUAUCCACCGUUUCAAGUCCAAACCUUGUCUACCAAAGUGCCAAUGACAACAAAUUCCGUCGCUGGCACUUCCCUUCUCACAAUGCAAACUUCUCCUUGUAUUGGUCACCUUUUCUUGUGCAAGGUGUCGAAAGGUCAAAUGAAGGGCCAUAUUACAAUACAAUGUACUUGGAUCAUGUUAAUGAGAGGUGGGCAAGGGAUUUGGAUUGGUUUGACAUGGUUGUGGUGUCAUUUGGGCAUUGGUUUUUGCUUCCUUCGGUUUACUAUGAAAAUGGUUCGGUUAUAGGUAGCCUAAAUUGUCAUGAUCUUAAUCACACUAAGAUGGAUUUUUAUGUUCCAUUAAGGAAGGUUUUGAGGACCACUCUUAGUAGCAUAAUUGAGAGAAAAAGGGGUAAGGGAAAUAAUGGAGUUGAUGUAAUCGUGAAGACAUUUUCACCUGCUCAUUUUGAAGGUGAUUGGAAUAAGGCUGGUACUUGUUCAAAGACUAAGCCUUAUAAGAAGGAGGAAAAAGAGCUUGAAGGAAUGGAUGCUGAGAUAAGAAAGAUUGAGAUAGAAGAAGUGGAGAAUGCAAAGGCAAAAGCUAGUGAAUUAGGAGGGUUUAGAUUUGAGGUACUUGAUGUGACCAAAUUGGCAUUGUUGAGACCAGAUGGUCAUCCUGGUCCUUAUAUGAAUCCUUUCCCAUUUGCUAAGGGAGUUCCAGAACGUGUGCAGAAUGAUUGUGUUCAUUGGUGCUUGCCAGGGCCUAUAGACACUUGGAAUGAGAUUUUCCUAGAGAUGAUUAAAAAGUGGGAGGAACAAGAGAAAGGUGAUUGAGUAAGGUUACUAAUAUUCUUCGUAUAUAUAUAUAUAUGUGUUUAUUGUUAAUUCAUUACACUUUAAUGAUGAUUCCACCAUGCAAGACUUCAGGUGAUCCAUAAAUUGCUAGAAAAGAACAUUUUUUUUUUCUUUUGGCAAUAAGUUAAUAUUUUGAUUAACGAAUGAUUGAUUUUAUGUUCAUUCUCACAUUCUUUUCUUUUGUAAUGGGAAAUAAUAUAUUUACACACAUUGUAUAUUAUUGAGAUCGACUUUUUU